AUGUCCGAAAGGGAGAGGAAAAAGCUUCUGACAAAGCUCAACUCUUUGUUUACAGAAAUUUACAACCUUAAAGAUAACAAUGAAUUUGUUUACAAGUACUUCCAAACAUUGCCAUUGAGGACAGGAACCGAUUACUACAAGGUGAUUAAAAAUCCCCUUUCCCUUCAUGCUAUUGGAAGAAAAUUAAAGCAACUUAAGUACGGGGAUGCACAAGAAUUCAUCAACGACUUAGCUUUGAUUACUUGGAAUGCAAGGUACUAUAAUUUACCCGGAUCUGAUGUUUAUAAAGAUGCACAAGUUUUGGAUCAAUUUAUAGUUGAUGCCGUCAUACCUAAAUUAAGAAAUGAUAAGGCAGUGCCAAAUGGACCGAGCCUAGUCUACCCACAUAUCGGUGACUUGCCGGAUGAGAAAGAUCGGGAAGCUGCAUUAGGCACACCUAGUUACGCAUUUAAUCAAUCUCAAGAACUAAGACAGCAGCCACUUGUGCAGGAAAACUCGCCAAUAUUGAAAAUGGAUGAAUUUGAAAUGAGUGUUACCCCACAAGCUGAACCAGCUUCAUUGUCAAGGCCUUUAGUGAGAACUUCGUUCAAUAGAGAACCUGUAUUGAGCACCCCCAGCAGAAAUAAAUACAACAGACAUCAUCAGAAUCAGCUGCAGGUUGAGAGUGGUAUAAGAAGAGGUCGUCCACCUAUUAUUGACAAGCCAUUUGAAACUCGUAUAAAGUUGGUCUUGAAAGGUUUCAAAAAAUUGCGUGACAGUCGAGAUCGUUUGUUGAUAAAACAUUUCGACAAGCUUCCUGAUAGUAAACUGUACCCCGACUAUUAUCAAAUUAUAAAGGACCCAAUAAGUUUAAAUGAAAUCAGGGUGAAAGUGAGAAGUAGAAAAUACAGCAAUGUUGAUCAAUUCAUCAAUGACUUGGAUUUGAUGUUUGCUAAUUUUCAACAAUACUUCCAACGUGAUCCGUACAGUGAAGAAUUCAUGGACUAUCAACAGUUUAAAAAGGAGGCAAAUGUGAUUGUACAACAUGAGUUGAGCAAAUCAGAUAAAGAAGUUCUCAUGGCUACUUCGUCCGCAAGUGAUGGGGUUUUGCGUUUUCCAUUGGAGUCUUUGGAAAUCGGUGGCUAUUCGUAUAAAAUUGGAGACUGGGUGUUGAUGAAAAAUCCAGCUGACCCUGAAAGACCAAUUGUGGGGCAGAUAUUCCGGAUUUGGUCAACCGAAGAUGGUAAAAGGUAUUGUAACAUGUGUUGGUAUUAUCGCCCCGAACAAACUUGCCAUGGUGUCGAUCGUUUAUUCUUCCAAAAUGAAGUUUGCAAGACUGGCCAGUAUAGAGAUCAUUUAGUUGAUGACAUCGUUGGCCCUUGCUAUGUCUUGUUUUUAACUAGGUAUCAAAAAGGUGAUUUGCCAGAAGGGGUGAUACCCUCCACAUCCCCUUGGUUUAUCUGCGAGUUUCGAUACAAUGAAAACACUCAUGUUUUUAAUCGUAUUAGAACUUGGAAAGCGUGUUUGCCGGAUGAAGUUAGAGAUGAUCCAGAACAACCUUUAAUUCCGUUGCAUGAGACUCGUAAAUUGAUCAAAUACGAAUCUCCCAUAAAGUCCACGUUGGAGCCGGGAGCAAAACUUAACGAUCCAAUCCCCGAUCCUGUGCCUGGUACUUCAAGCUCCCCACCUAUUCGAGGAUCCGUGUAUAUUACGGCACCUAUACCUAAUGAUGAUUUGGGACAAUACACCACUAGUCCGAACACCGUGCCAGUACCUGACCAUGAUGAUUUGAAGUCCGGUAGAAAGGCAUAUUUGUUCACUCCAAUAUCACAGUUGAAAGGUGGUGGUGGCUCGUCCGGUGCUGUAUAUGCGACUACCCCAGCAUUACCGCAUGGAUCACCAAAUCAUGAAACAUCAAGGCAACCUCUUGGGCUGAUGUCUACCUUGCCUUUGGGAAGGUCUGCAAUGAGCCCACCUUUAGGUGACGUCACGCCAUUGGGAUCAGAAGGGUCAUCUCGUUACCAGCUACUUCAACAAGAUGACAAGCCACAGUUGCCUACUAGUUAUAAAUCUUUGCACGAUCUGUUACAGGAGAAUAAGAAAAUGCAAGAACAGCAAUUGCAUCAAUUCCAGCAACAGCAGCAUCAGCAAAUUUUCAAACGUGCGUUGACUCCUACUCCAACAAGUUUUGUUCCUACGGGAACCAACUAUUAUAAUAGUGUGCCAGCGUAUUCCAAUUUAUAUGCUGGUGGUAUUUUGUCGUAUGGUGUUGAUGCCGAAGAACUUGAUAAUUUGAAAGAAUUAGUAAACAAGCGACAAAAGAGAAAUCCUGAUGGAGACGAUGUCGAUGAAGUUAUAUUUUAUCGUUCACCUCCAGUACAACUUGCAGGUAAUAGGAUAAUAACAGAUCUGAACGUCGAGCUUGGUCAUUCGGCUAAAUACUUGGCGUGGAAGAUCAAGGCUGAGGCUGAGAGUAAGUAA